AUGCCGCCUCUCUGUGCCUGCAAAGCAAAGCAUCUGCUUUACGUGCCGUUUUCUGAGCUGUCUGCACAGCCUGGCGCACCCCGGGAGCGCGAUCCCCUGCAGCGUUACUCCAGAGCAGCUGAGUAUCACAGGACAUCCCUUGAGGGCAGCCUGGCUGAAGUCCGUCCGGCCCCCGUGGGAAAGGCCGUCUUCCCAGAAUCUGAGGCGACCCAAGAGAAGGGGAAGGAGAUGGAAGAGGAGGAUCCAGAAGGCCCCGGAAGUGACCAGAGAUCAAGCAACGGUCCCCAUCCCACCCGAGCAGGGAGUGGGGUGUGGGGACCAUCUGUGAAGAGGGCAGCGCAGUUCUCUGAGGCAGAAGGAGCUCCGUCAGAGGAAAGUCAGAGGGUGCAGGCCCAGGAGCCUGCCCAAGACGCCCGGUCACAUGGGAAUGACCAGAGGAACGAGGAAGAUGAGGAACUUCAUGACCUAUUGCCAGAUGUAGUCAAAGAUGAAGACUUCAGAGGAAACUUGAGGAAUCAAGGCAGACAUAAGAGGCAAAAAGGAAGCCACAUGUUCAAGAACAAUGAUAAAAGCAUUCCUUGCCAAGGGGGGGAUUUCCAUGACGUAAUUCACAUGGAGGAAGCAUACAAGUGCUUGGAGUGUGGAAUGAAGUUCUCAGAUCAAACCCAAUAUAAUAUCCAUUUACAAAUACACAGUGGAAGGAAGAACCAUCAAUGCCUGGAGUGUGGAAAGACCCUCCUUUGUAGAGCAGAACAGAUUAGACAUUUAAGAACACAUAGAAGGGAGAAACAUAGCAGUUCACAAUGUGGCGAGACCAUCUCAGGGAAACCAGGCUUUGUUCAUUCAGGAGAGAAAUCAUUUAUCUCCUCAGAGGGUGGAAAAACAUUCUGUGAUGGAAAAAGAGAUAAUAUAGGUUUUCCAAAGCACAGCAUAAUGAAGGCCCAUAAACCUUUUCGAGGGGAGAAAUCUUCUGAGUACGCAGAGCAUGGAAAGAAGUUCAGUCAAAGUGGUAGUCUUAAAGAUCAUCAAAGAAUGCACACAGGGGACAAACCUUAUAAGUGCUCAGUGUGUGGGAAGAGAUUCAGACAGUGCAGCAGUCUUCAGUUUCAUCAAAAAACCCACAUAGGGGAGAAACCUUCUGAAUGCUCAGAGUGUGGAAAGAGAUUCAGUCGGAGUGGUUCUCUUCACCAGCACUUAAGAAUCCACUCAGGGGAGAAACCUUUUGAAUGCUCAGAGUGUCAAAAGAGAUUCAGUCAGAGUGGUUCUCUUCACACGCACCUAAGAACUCACACCGGGGAGAAACCUUUUGAAUGCUCAGAGUGUGGAAAGAGAUUCAGUCGGAGUGGUUCUCUUCACGAGCACCUAAGAAUCCACACAGGGGAGAAACCUUUUGAAUGCUCAGAGUGUGGAAAGAGAUUCAAGUUGAGUGGCACUCUUCAAAUGCAUCAAAGAACCCACACCGGGGAGAAACCUUUUGAAUGCUCAGAUUGUGGAAGGAGAUUCCGUCAGAGUGGCAAGCUUCAUGAGCAUCAGAGAACCCACACAGGGGAGAAACCUUUUGAAUGCUCAGAGUGUGGAAAGAGAUUCAGUCGGAGUGGUUCUUUUCAUGAGCACCUAAGAAUCCAUACAGGGGAGAAGCCUUUUGAAUGCUCAGAGUGUGGAAAGAGAUUCAGUCGGAGUGGUUCUCUUCACAAGCACCUAAGAACCCACACAGGGGAGAAACCUUUUGAAUGCUCAGAGUGUGGAAAGAGAUUCAGUCGGAGUGGUUCUCUUCACGAGCACCUAAGAAUCCACACAGGGGAGAAACCUUUUGAAUGCUCAGAAUGUGGAAAGAGAUUCACGUUGAGUAGCACUCUUCAACUGCAUCAAAGAACCCACACGGGGGAAAAACCUUUUGAAUGCUCAGAGUGUGGAAAGAGAUUCCGUAGGAGAAACAAUCUUCAGCGGCAUCAGAGAACCCAUACAGGGGAGAAACCUUUUGAAUGCACAGAUUGUGGAAAGAGAUUCAGGUUGAGUGGCACUCUUCAGCUGCAUGAAAGAUCACACACAGGGGAGAAACCUUUUGAAUGCUCAGAGUGUGGAAAGAGAUUCAGUAGGAGAAACAAUCUCCAACAGCAUCAGAGAACCCACACAGGGGAGAAACCUUUUGAAUGCUCAGUGUGUGGAAAGAAAUUCAGUCAGAGUGGCAGUCUUCAAUAUCAUCAAAGAACCCACACAGGGGAGAAGCCUUUUGAAUGCUCAGAGUGUGGAAAGAGGUUCAGUCAGAGAGGUUCUCUUCAGGAGCACCUAAGAACCCACACAGGGGAGAAACCUUUUGAAUGCUCAGAGUGUGGAAAGAGAUUCACAUUGAGUGGCAGUCUUCAGUAUCAUCAAAGAACCCACACAGGGGAGAAACCUUUUGAAUGCUCAGAGUGUGGAAAGAGAUUCACGUUGAGUGGCAGUCUUCAGUAUCAUCAAAGAACUCACACAGGGGAGAAACCUUUUGAAUGCUCAGAUUGCGGAAAGAGAUUCAGUCAGAGGGGUGCUCUUCAACUGCAUCAAAGAACCCACACGGGGGAGAAACCUUUUGUAUGCUCAGAGUGUGGAAAGAGAUUCAGUCAAAGAGGUUCUCUUCAGGAGCACUUAAGAACCCACACAGGGGAGAAACCUUGUGAAUGCUCAGAGUGUGGGAAGAGAUUCAGUAAGAGUAGCACUCUUACACGGCAUCAAAGAACCCACACGGGGGAGAAACCUUUUGUAUGCUCAGAGUGUGGAAAGAGAUUCAGUCAAAGAGGUUCUCUUCAGGAGCACUUAAGAACCCACACAGGGGAGAAACCUUUUGAAUGCUCAGAGUGUGGGAAGAGAUUCAGUAAGAGUAGCACUCUUACACGGCAUCAAAGAACCCACACAGGGGAAAACAUUUGA